AUGGACGACACCACACGGUCGCUUCUUCGUUUUGUGGCUCGAGGCUUUUACUCGCGGCCCUACAUUCUUAUUCUCGACGCUGUUCUUAUCCACUCGGUGCUUUCCGAAGACGAUCUCAUCUACCUUCUAGGAAUCAAUCGGAAAGAACUCCGCUCGCUCUGCAACAAGCUCGUGGACGACCGCAUCAUCGCCUCGCAUAACCAGAAGGAGGAAAACCCGCAGCAGCGACUUACGAACAGAACAUACUACUAUAUUCACAUCACUGAGGCCAUCGACGCCAUAAAAUGGAAAGUCCAUUCGAUUGUCUCGUCUAUCAAAGAGGAAAUGUCGCUGUACGGUAACCCCCAUGGCUACUUAUGUCCCCGUUGCGGGAAAAAAGUCAGUCAGCUCGACGCCAUUUCUUUGCUCAGCGACGAUGGGGCUAGCUUCAUUUGCGAUUCGUGUUCUGGCGUGCUUGUAGAGGAUGAUUCGCUGCAACAAGCGUCCAUCAAGCAAGAGAAGUUGGAAAAACUCAUGCUUCAGUUGGACCCAAUCAUCGGGUACUUGAAGAAAAUCGAUAACUCCGACAUUGAAGAUAACAACUUCGAGAUGGCCUUGACGAAGGCUAUCCCAGCACAAUCGGGCUCUACAGCUUCGUAUAUGAUGUCCAACCGUGUUCCUGGAAAAUCAAAAUCACAAAUCUCCCAGUCUCUCCAGAACGCUGCGUCGAAGGCCAACGCAACGUUGCAUGUUUCCAUUACCGCUUCGGACGAAAACUACGAGCGCGAGCAGCAAGAGAAAGAAAGUCGCAGACAGAAAUUGGAGCAAAAUGCGUUACCUUCGUGGCAUUCCGCUUCCACAGUGGGCCAAACAAGCAGUUUUGGUGUUCAUGACGAUGACGCCGAUGUCACAGUAAAGGAAGAAAAGCCUGUGGUAAAGGAAGAGGGUGAGGCUACGCCAGAGGUGGAGCUGCACUUGACUGAAGCGGAAAAGAAAGAGAAGGAAGCUCAAGACGUCCUUGCUGCUUAUUACGCAGACUUGGCCGAAAGAGAAGCGGACGAAGACGAUGAUGAUGACGAUGAUGACGACUUAGAAGAUCUCGAGGACAUUUAA